UAGCCCGCGCGCUCCAACAAGCAGAGCGCGCGAAGAUGCUGGGCUGCUGUAGCAGAAUCUCCAACGUCUCCAAUACACUCUAUUUGGGGACUUUCGUCAAACGCCUUCCACUCUUCGAACACACAACAUUUACUCCCAGCAAAAUCAACAGAAAAUCCUGUACGACCACCAGUGUCCUCAACAAUUCACAUUUCGAAACCCUAACCCCUCACCAAAAACAACAGAUUAACCUUUACGUAGAAACUCUUCUUCAAUGGAAUCAGAAGAUGAAUCUGACGGCCGUAAGGGAGGCAAGUGGGGUUAUGGAGAGGCACGUUGAGGACUCUCUUGCGAUUAUAAGUCCCAUUAAGAGCUCAUAUCUCUCACAUUGUGGAGCCUCAUGUGAAAACCUCAACCUUGUUGACGUCGGUAGUGGGGCGGGGCUUCCGGGAUUGAUCUUAGCCAUUGCAUGCCCUGGUUGGAAUGUGACGCUGCUAGAAUCUUUGAAUAAGCGUUGUGUCUUCUUGAAGCAUACCGUCAGUCUUACUGGCUUGUCAAAUGUGCAUGUUAUUCGAGACAGAGCUGAGAAUUUGGGACAAGAUUCUGGCUUUAGAGAGGUAUUUGAUGUUGUAGUGGCCAGGGCAGUUGCCGAAAUGAGAAUCUUAGCUGAGUUAUGCCUUCCUCUAGUCCGAGUAGGUGGAUUAUUUGUAGCUGCAAAGGGUCAUGAUCCGCAGGAGGAAGUUAGAAGAGCAGAGAGAGCAAUUCAUCUGAUGGGUGCUUCUGUAUUGCAAACAUGCACCGUGGAAUCACACAGCCCAAAUGGACAAAGGACUGCCAUAAUAUGUUUGAAAGGUGGCCCCACCCCAAGUAAAUAUCCUCGUGAUCCAGGUAUACCAGCAAAGCUACCUAUGUAAAUAACCAGAUGCUCAAUCUGCCUGCUUUAAAUUUAGUAUAUGUACUUUUUGAAGUUAGUAAGAUUAGUUGUAUACUUUUGAGAUAGGAUAUUUGGAUUGCAUGAAAGGAAAAAAAUGCUCUUUUGUAAUCAAGUGUAGCAAAUACUGGGAAUGUCAGAAGUAAUGUACUCAUUUGUUUA